AUGGCGAUGAUCGAGGGCGUGUUCAACGAGCUGACGGAAACCGUGGCGCAGGACGGGCCAGAGCAGAACAGCAUGUGGGCGCUGGACACCAUCAUGGAGUGGCACCAGAUCGCGAACGGUCAGCACGGGCAGGCCCUAGAGAUGGAGACCAUGCUCCUCUUCAAGACCAGCGAGGCGUACAGCUUGCAGGGGAAAGGCGAGAUCACGCUGGCCUUCAGCCACUCGCCCCAGCCCCACUGGGUGCUCGAGGACAAGCAGGUUGACGAGACGGAGCCCGAGAAGAUGAACGCGCUCCGCCCGCAGCCCUUC